AUGAAUACCAUUGGAAUACUUUGCCUGCUCCUAAGUUUGUCUUCGAUCCAAGCAGACACCGUGGUGCACAACGAAACCCACACGGAGAGCGAGACGACAAACUACGGACCCAUCACCAUGGUGGUGAAUAAUCUCGCGGAGAUUGCCAUCAAUGUGAGCGACGAGACGACCGGCCAACUGCAGGCCAAAAUGGAGCGCACAGUGCAGGAUAUUACCGGCAAUCUGGAGGUACUGACCACCGAUGCCAUGGCCCAGCUGAGCGAUGCCAUAUACGAGACCAACCAGCUGCUGGUGGCCAAUCCCAGCUGCAAUCCUGACUGGAAUCUGGAAGAGCUCACGGCCAACAUCACGGAUCAGUUGGGCGCCUGCACAUUGGGACUGGGCAGCCUGGUCGACAGCUUCCGGCAGGAGGGACAGCAGUCGCUCACCAAUCUGCAAGGAUUUGUCCAGCAAAUCGCCCAGUUGCCGUCCCUCUGCCAACUGUUGGGGCAAUCGACGGAGCUGGCUCCACUCAAUCCGCUGGGAUUUGCAGGCGGCAACAAUUGCUUCAUCAACGGCAUGGUGCAGAUCAACCAGGGAAUGGCCCAGUCGCUGCACAACGCAUCCCUGCUCCUGGUGCGCACGCGCCAGCUAUCGGAGGAGCAAGUGGCGCAGGCGCAGCAGUGCAGCGACUCAGUGGUCCAAGGAAUCCGCCAGUUGCUCAGCGAUGAGCGGGACAAUUGUGAAUAGCUCUGAGCACUCCAAAAUGCAUUCGCAUUUUGGGUAUAAGCAAAUAUAGAAGGGGAAAUUUAUGCACCCACAGGACAACUGGCCAUAUCCUGCUCACAAAUUUGCUUAUGCAUUCAUGA